CUCCUCUUCAACGACGAACGCCGCACAGCUUCAUUUCUACCUGCAAUCGGAGCAAUUUCUCUCGAUCCAUCUCGUUUGAUAGAGAGAGAGAGAGAGAGAGAGAGAGAGAGAGAGAGAGAGAGAUCUGGGCAUGCCGUGGACGGUUUUCUUCAUCUUUGAUCUUUGCAGCACAAUUUCUCGCUUUUGUUCUGAUUUCAGCAAAAAUCUCCAUGGGUGGCCUCGACAUGGAUGCCUGGCGUCGCCUCCCAACCACCAACUCCAAUGCCGCCGCUCAUCAGAAGCCAGCUGAAGAAGAAUCAAAGGAGAACACAACCCCUCAUUCCAACCCGCUCUAUCCAAGCAGCAGCGCCUACACCCAAGGAGUCCUUCGUUCCCCUCCAAGAAGCUUAUUCUUCGCUAGCAACAAAGAAGAAGCAGAGCAGCUAGAAUGCUGCUACCAACCAAGUACUAGCCUCCAUCUCAUUGGCCUCAUCUCUACAUCGCCCCAAACUCAGCUUCCACCACUCCUACCUUGUCGUUCGCCUCCCUUUCAAAAGAAGUCUACUUCAUUGCAGGUAGAAAUCGAGGCAGUGGAAGAAGAAUACGCUGGCAUUGGCAGUGAUAGAGGCAGUGGGGCAGCUGCUGCCGAGCAUUUUGUUUGCAUAUCUAAUCCCAUAUAUGAUGGGGAAGCUUGGAUUGAGAGUACGCCUUUUCAGACACCGGACACGUCCCCUUCCCAUUUGGAAAGGGAAGAUUGCUCGGACAUGGAGGAGAAUGCAGAGUCGAUGUCGCCCCCUUCAGCUUGUGUUUUCACCCCACCGUUGACGCCAAUGAAGAAGCUUCCCGUCAACGCGGCUUCAGUCACUCUUAUGGACAGCCGAUCCCUUGUUGCGUCUGUCAGUGGCGGCACCACCGACAGCAAUGUGGCCUCUUCUUCCACCUCUGGCUCUCCCUGCACCUCUCCUUCUUGGUAAUGUUAUCUCUCCAUUGAUGGAAGCAACACAAGCCACUCCUCUCUCUCUCUCUCUCUCUCUCUCUCUCUCUCUCUUCUCGGUUGUGGUAUAUGUCCAUUGAUGGAAGCAAAAAAAGCUACUCUCUCUGGUUAUGGUAUAUGUCCAUUGAUGGAAGCAACACAAGCCUCUCUCUGUUGUGGAGCAGCAAUGCAGUGAAGAAAGCAGUAGCAGUAGUGCAGAGGUGAUGCAGAAGGUGUGUUCGGUUUCUGAAAAAUGAAACAUUGAUACUCUGGUAGAGCAUGGCAAUCCACACACUUGCACGAAGCCACUGUACACGUGGCAUACAUGGAUUCCAAUCCAGAUGGUUUAAAUUAUCGGCGUUGCGUAGAUGGGCCACCACCCAAAACUCUUAGUAGAGGAUAAUCCCGAAUUAUCUGAUCAGUAGACAAUCAAUGGUCUAAAUUCAACAAAUGAAUUGUUCA